AUGCCAAAACACACGCGCGCGUCCAGCUCGGUCCACCAGCACCAGCACCAUCAGCAACAGCAACAGCAACAUCCUCAGGUAUAUGCGAAUGCCAUGAAUAUGCCUGCGUCACUAGCACCGUCUCAGCAAGUCGAUAUCGGAUACAAUAGUCGUCCACAUCUCCCUCUCAACACGGCGUUUUAUCCGACCAUGGCAUCUUCCUCGGCUGCUCCGCCAUCGAUGCAACCUCAGUACGAGCAAUACUCUGCUGCAGUAGUUCCAGCUCCCAUUCCGCACCGCGCUUCAUCUGGGGCUUGGUCACCGCAAGAUGACCAAAACCUGCUGUCGGCCAGACAGCAAGGAUUAAACUGGAACCAGAUUCGAAGCACUUACUUUCCAAACAAGACGCCCAAUGCGUGCCGUAAAAGACACGAGCGCUUGAUGGAAAGAAAGGGCGCCGACGACUGGGAUGUGCGCAAGUUCGAAAAGAUCGCCAAGGAGUAUAUGAGCAUGCGCAAAGAGAUAUGGCAGCCACUCGCCCACAAAGUCGGAGAGAAAUGGAAUGUCGUCGAGGCCAGGUGUAUGAAUAGCGGUCUCAAAAAUAUUCAGAAUGCAGCCCGCGCAGGUGCUCGGCGGGAGCGCGCCGAGUCUGGCCAGUCUUUCCAUGGGUAUGACGACGACAGCGGCAUCUCGGGCAUUGGUCUGACUCCAGUAGAUGACCUCGAUGCUUCUUAUAGCAGUCCCGAGACGGGGCACUCGAGCUCCCACUCUGUAGGCAGCUCCUUUCACAACGGCUACAACCACAUGCACCUGAACGAUCAGGCGUACGGUCACGCAUAUCCCGCCAGCACGGGCGGAAUGUCAUCAUCUGAUUACGGCUCUUCUGUAUCCUCAACGGCGGCUCAAGGGUACGGCCCAAUGUCCACUCAUUCUCAUCACUCACAGGGUGGCUCUCCUUAUCUGCCUCAUGGGCAACGACUCCCUAGUGUGGAUAUGGGCAUCGAGGCAAUCAUUAAUCGACCACAGCAUAGAGGCGCUCCUUCUGGCAUGUGA